ACACUUUGUGAGCACCUACGUUACUGAAAGUGGUUGUUUUAAAUACAAUCAAAAGUAUUUGUAAUCUAAAUUAAAAUAUUUUUGUGGUUUUCUAAUGCCUGGAACCAGCCCGCCCGCCAGAGUCGACCCGUAUCACGUGCACAGCGGUUGCCGGGUUUUACAAAUCGAACACACCCGUCGCUGUGUUUUGUUGUUUUUCAGCGGCGUACCGUGUUCGGCCUGUCAAACCGUGUGACUUCUCACUGGGACGACGAGACUGGAACAACAGGGAUGCACAUGACUAAAAAGACUAGGAACACAAUGAAACCGCCAUCACAGACUCAGUCUCCUCCUGUUAGCAGUAUACUAUUUGAAGGCGUCUACAACAACGCCAGAAUGCUUCACGUCCUCACCGCAGUCGUGGGCUCCACCUGUGAUGUGAGAGUGAAAAAUGGUGCAGUGUACGAGGGGAUCUUCAAGACUUUAAGCUCUCAGUGCGAGCUGGCUGUAGAUGCUGUUCACAGACGGAGCGAUGGAGGAGGAGGAGGAGGAGGAGGCGAGGAAGGAGGAGGAGGGAGAAGCCAGUCUUCUCCACCCAAGAUUGAAGAUAUCACUGACACCAUGAUCUUCAGCCCAGCCGACCUGGUGACCAUGACCUGCCGCGAUGUCGACUUAAGCUUUGCUGUCAGAGACACGUUCACCGACACGUCCAUCAGCUCGUCGCGGGUGAACGGGGAACACCGGGAGAAAGUUCUGCAGAGGUGGGACGGAAACGGAAACGGAGAAAACUUCGAGCUGGAGUCAGACAGAUCAAACGGCUGGGACGCCAGCGAGAUGUUCAAGUUUAACGAGGAGACGUACGGCGUCAAGUCCACCUACGACUCGAGCCUCUCCAUGUACACCAUGCCUUUAGAGAAGGGGGGGAACUCGGAGGUUUACCGACAGCGGGAGGCGCGAGCGGCUCGGUUAGCCAGCGAGAUCGAGAGCAGCCUGCAGUACCGCCGGCGGGUUUCUUUAGAGAACGAGGAGGGCAGGAGCGAGGAGGACAAAUACAGCUCCGUGGUCCGAGAGAGGGAGGACAGGGCCAGCCCCGGGUUCACCUCCACCAGCAGGGAAGGUAAAUACAUCCCUCUCCCGCAGCGGGCUCGGGAGAUCGGCCUGUCUGGCGGCAGCGUGAGGACCGGAGCCUCCGGUCGAACCGCCGCACCGACCUCCUCCAGACACCCGCCGUCCAGCUCGUCUUCCCCCAAACCGGCCUCGGAUAGGAGCAGCCCGCUGUCCGUCAGAACUGCCUAUUCUCCUCACCAAUCACAGAGCAGCCCGCCGGCAGCCGGCAGCCCUCCCUGCACCAAUCACGUUCUCCCGCACUCCCUCUCCCAUCCGCAGGCGCUGGCCGACACGCGCUCGUCUGUUAACGGAGUUACAUCCAGAACUUCCCCCAAAUCCCAGAGACUUCAGAGCAACAGAACCCUGCGGACCCCAAACUCCCAGUCCUCACCUGCAGUCUCUCGUGCUCCAAAACCGGACGCCCCUCCCCAGGACCUCCCCCUGAUCGGCCCCACUUUCUUGGACUCCUCCCCCUCCAUGGCAACCACCACCACCACCACCAAACCCUCCGGCCCCACCCCGCUCUUCCCUGUCGAUGUGAAUGAAAUCCUCAGCGCAGCAGCUAAAGAGCGAACUGAAAGUCUGUCCAGUCAGCAGGAAGCCAAGAGCAGCAAAGCUCCCACGGUCCAGCAGAGAUCCCAGCUGGAGGAGCUCCGCAAGUUCGGCAAAGAGUUCAGACUGCAGCCCAGCUCCUCCCCUUCAGCGAGUCCGGCCUCUGCAGAUCCUCCUCAGCACAGCUCCGCCUCCCCCGCUGGCUCCUCCUCUUCCUCCUCCUCCUCCUCGCCCGCACCACCUAAACCUCUCACCUCCUCUGCCCAAGAUCUGCAGCAGACCACAGAGGCAGCUGCCCCCACCACGACCCCUGCUGCCUCGACCCCCACGGCUCCCGCUGGACCCCAGUCCUCGGGGCCAGAGGGGCCUCAGCCUGGGACGACCCAGUCGGCCCCCAACAGCGAGGAGGCCUGCCCAGAGGGCAGUGAGCAAACGGAGGCUGUGUCUGCUGCAGCGCAAGUGAAAAACUCAACAUUGAAUCCGAAUGCGAAAGAAUUUCUUCCCAUAAAAGGAAACGCAGUCCCGAAGCCUGCACCGACCCCCACCCCUCCUCGUCCGAACCCCCCCAGCCCCUCUGUGGUUCUGCCUGCUCCAGGACAGCCAGGAGGGGGAGCUAUCUACAGCAACCCACCUGGACACUACCUUUCCUACGUCUCCCCCAUCCACAUCCAAGGACACUCCAUCCAGUCUCCUCAGAUGUUUCAGUACACCAUGUCCACCGUCAACCAGGGCAAAUACCCCAGACCCAAAGGCCCGUUGGUGGGACAGCGUCCGGAGCACCACCCCUCCCCAGCCUCCCCCAUGAUCUCAGCUGCAGCCUCGGCAGCAGGACCCCCGCUGGUGGCUUCACCUUACCCCCAGUCCUACCUGCAGUACGGUCAGGUGAUCCAGGCCAUGUCCCCGCACUACCACGGACAGGCAGUUUACUCGAUGCUGCAGGGGGGUGCGAGGAUGCUGACGUCCGGGGCCCCUCAUCAACAGAUGGGUCCUCCUGGGCCCCAGUACCCCGGCCAGGCCGAGGGCCAGCCGGGGCCGCAACAGGCCAUGUAUGCUCAGUCGUUCUCUCACCACUCGGGCUCCAUCCAUCAUCCUCAGCCCUCCAGCACCCCCACUGGGAAUCAACCCCAGCACACAGCACCCAGCCCAGGACACACUCAGUCGAAUCAGGGUGGUCCUCAGCCUCAGUCCAUGUUCCACUCUGGAGGUUUGUCUGCUCCCAACCCUCCUAACCUGCCGCCGGGCCACAGCUCCCCACAGGCCUCUUACGCCAUGCAGGGGUACGGCCUCCCCACCCACCAGCCGCUGCCGCAUGGCUUCCCCUCAAUCAGCCAACUCACACAGGCUCACGUCACGGGAGGCAUGUCGGGACCUCACCACUCCGCAGGCCACGGACUGCCACCUGUCAUGCUGCACUACGUCACCUCUCAGCAGGGCAGCGGCUCCAACCCCCAGCAGGGAGCACCACAACACUUCUACAUUGGACACCCCCAAGCUGUUCAGGUUCAGGCUCACCCCACCCAGCAGCUGUCCUUCCACCCCUCUGCAAACUGACAACCCCCCCUCCCCGGAUUCAGGAGCGAGGAAGACGAGCGUUACUGCGUGACGAAAACCCCCCAAAAUCCCAAGCAACUCGUAACAUUCCCACCUCCUGACAUCAGAUUAACACGUCCUCCUUCUUACCCACAUCUUUUAGAAAAGCAGACAGAACACAGAAACAUCUUCCAUGGGACGUUUCUGGAUUUUAAAAUGUAAAUACAGACUGUUUUCACACAUGAACCUGAAGCUGGACCGAAGACAUUAACUGGUGGAAACACAGUUCUUCUCCCCGUCCCACCUCUGUCCUUUUACAGACGAAACCAGUUCAUUAAUAAUAAAACCAUUGGGGAAAAAAACAA